CCCCAAAAAGAAUAUUAUUUAUUUGUGCAUUUUAAUUGUUCCUACAAACAACAUAUAUUCUUCGCAAGUUGCUUUCUUUCUCUGCAGAGUUUUCUCAACCCCUCCUGGAAUCUCGCCCGUUUGGCCUCGAAUAAUAUCACUGAUUUUUCUUUCACCAACAAAGUUCGCUGUCUGCAAGUGGAGCGUCCACUAUCUCCAGUAAACCUUGAUUGAGAAAUUCUGUGCCCGUGUCACUCUCCGACUUUGCUUAGAAUUUGAGGGAAAAACUUCGAGGUUGAUUGAAAUGAUGGGUACCAAAAACUUGCUUACGCCAAAAGCCAUUUCGAUUUGGUUACUAAUCUUCUUGUAAAUGAGUAUGUGUUCCGGAACAAGGUUUGGGUUAUGGGUUCUGUAUGGGUUUUUGUCUGGAACUUCGUCUUCCCUAUUCUUGGAUUAAUUAUCAUAUUCGUAUUCAGAUCUCAAGCAAAUGAUUCGGAAAACGCCAAUGGUAGCGGUGACAUUCAUUCUCGACAAGACGAUCAAACUGGUUCAAGUGAUUCGCAUACUGAUGGUUUCAGAAAAGAAGAGGCUGCUUUUAGCGAACCGGACAGUAAAACUGGCAAUAAAAGCAAUGCAGAAAGAGAAAGUUCUGAGUAUGCCACGGCUGCCGGCGCUAGCAGGUAUGAGUUUGUGUCCGGGAAAGGUGUUCGUGGAUUCUUGGAAGGACCCGAAACCACGAGCUUCAGUGUCCGAGAAUUGUUUGCUCGCUCGGAUGAUUAUACUGUUUGCAACGACCAAAGUCUUGGUCCUAGGAUUUUUACCGACAAAGAUUUUCGGGAGCUCAAUUUAGAAGAAGAGGCCAUUGAUCAAGAAAAAGCAGAGGACUCUGUCGAAAACUUUGGUUUUGGUGAGGUUUUGGAGAAAGCAGAACAGGAAACAUCCAAUGAAAAAAAAUUGAUUUCGGGGGAGGGAGACCAGAUAGGUGGCGCAGAAAGGAGUAUUCUAUGUAACGAUGAUAUUGUGGAUGAAGUUGAAUCGGUUUCCGAAGAUUGCUCUCUACGAUUUGGAUCAGAAACAGAGUCGAUUAGUUCAAGCGGUGAGUUGUCGAUGAACAAUCACAUGAUUGAUUCAAUUACCUAUGAGGUUUUGGCCAGCAAAAAUGUCGGUGAAGGAUGGGAAUGUGAAGCCCUUUUGGCCAAUGAUGGAGGAAAAGUAAAAGACAAUAUUCAAGAAGUUUCAAGCUUUGAAACAAGUCUCUGGGGGCCCCAAGAAAUUGUUGCUGUUGAUCAGCCACAUGAUUCCGAUGAAGAAUACAUAGAACUAGAACCCCAUUUGCAGAAUUUAAGCAGCGUGGAAGACGCAGCUUUGUUUGCGGGAGAGUCGGGAAAGCUUGAGAACAAACAUGAACAGGAAGAUUUAGGCCAAGAAGAGUCAGAACCCAAAUAUAUUUUGGAAGAAUCUAAAGGAACCGAACCAUCGGAAUCAAACUCUGAUUACCAAAACGACUUGGAAUUCCUAUGGGAGCACGGAGAUGUACUAGAACAGCUGAAAAUGGAAUUGAGAAAUCUGAGAACUGGGGGACUUCCUACCAUAUUAGAAGAGGAAGAAGAAGAAGAAGAACCAGAGUCUCCAGCAAAGGUGGAAGAUCUAAAGCCACUGAAGAUUGAAGAAAAGCUCGAGUUCAAAGAUAGAAUAGAAGAGAUCCAAAAGGUGUACAAGAGCUACUCAGAAAAAAUGCGAAAACUGGAUAUCUUGAAUAGCCAGACCAUGCAUGCAAUUGGGUUUCUCCAGUUGAAAGAGCCAGUUAAAUCGAUUUCAAUGCAAAAAUCUUCAGCUUCAGCUGCUAAAUCUCUUCCACAUAACAUAUGGCCACGAAAAGCUCGAAGAGUCAGUACGGCUGACCCUAUGCACAAACUCAACGAAGAAUUGCAAUGCAACUUGGAAUUGGUUUAUGUUGGGCAGGUUUGCCUUUCAUGGGAAAUACUCCAUUGGCAGUUUGGGAAAGCUCAAGAACUCAUGCAGGAAUACGACUCUCAGGGUUUUCAUCUCUAUAAUCAAGUUGCAGGUGAAUUUCAAUUGUUUCAAGUACUUCUGCAGAGGUUUUUAGAGAACGAACCAUUUCAAGGCCCCAGAGUGCGAAACUAUGUCAACAGUCGAUGUGUUCUUCGAAACCUUCUCCAAGUGCCACCCAUUAGAGAUGAUUGCAUGAAGGAUAAAAAGGUAGGAACGUCGGAUCAGGCGAAGGAAGAUCAUGCAAUUUCAAGUGGCAUGAUAGUAAGAAUCAUUGAGGAAUCAAUGCGAGUGUUUUGGGAAUUUCUUCGUGCUGAUAAAGAUGAAGGGAAGACGAUCCUAAAUGUUCCUCGUCAGAAAAAUCAUGUCAAUCUCCAAAAUGAUGCAGACCUCACGCUCCUGAUCGACAUUCGAGCUGAUCUUCAGAAGAAGGAGAAAAAGCUCAAGGACAUACUGAGAAGUGCAAAUUGCAUUGUAAAGAAGUUCCAAAAGCAUCAGAGCGAGGAUUUGGGUUAUUCAAUAUUCUUUGCACAGGUUGAACUGAAACUGGUUUCAAGAGUGCUAAACAUGUCAAGAUUAACGAGGGACCAAUUAGUGUGGUGUCAUGAAAAACUAGACCAGAUUAGCAUUGUUAGCAGAAGGAUUCAGGUGGAGCCCUCGUUUUUUCUGUUUCCAUGUUGAUAGGGCAGCCAGUGCCACGAUGCUUCUUUUGAGCUGUAUAGAUGCUGCUGGUCACUCUAGAUUUAUACAACACACAGAAAAAAAAAGUAUAGCAUUUGGUUAGACAUGCUUGUUAAGGAGGUUAUAAAUUGAUGUAUAGAUUCACUAGGGAAGCUUUACAAAUAACUCAGAAAAUUUGGUCUUA